CGCAAUGAACCCCUUAAAUAACGUUGAAUAUCCCCUCCCAUUUCAAUCGUCACUGCCCCCGAUUCUUCCUAAACUCCAACCUCAAAUCCCCGUCACAAAAAUGUUUAAAAUGGCCCCUUCCAGAAUAUUCGUCGCCACCAUGAUCGUAGUGGUAUCGGCCUCAUACCCCGAGUUUACCCCAGGAAAAGGCCUUCCCUCCCUCGAAGAACUCGGCUUGACCUCCGAGCAGCUCUUCACCACGCCCCCCCCAGCCCUCGCGACCCGGGUUGAUGAUAAAUACACACAGCACACCCGCUGCCGUAGCUCUAGCGAGGGAUCCGAAUAUGCCGCCAACGUCGACGACGUAAUUGCGUGCUACAACUACCUCGUCGCCCUCGGCGACUAUACCUGCAGAGAACGCGAACUCUGCAGGAUUGGCAGCGCUAAGAUUAGUGGGUUAAACAAGAACGGACAUAGAGCGAAUUUGGGUUGGGACGUUCCAUACGUUUUCUCUACCGCGAAGUGCUGGGAUGCGGCACUGGGACUGCAAUGGAUCUUUACAAAUUGUAACGAGGGUGGAAAAGUCAUGGGGUAUAAGGAGGUGGGUGGUGGAGAAUAUCUGAUCGCGGCUACUCGCUCCAACAUCGUUUUCGCAGCGGUUGUGGAUCCUCGUCCUGUGGAUCUUUGGAAGAUCUCCUGAAAAUAACCAGAGCCAUGCUGUCGUGGAGAGUGAGAGGUCUCUGUUAAGACAAUUUUGCUGUGGAUAUCCAUUAGUUUGACGUGGAUUUCUUUAAAAUAAAAUAAUAUCUCCUGUUGGCGAAUUCCUUCUCUUGACUCUCCGCUUGCAAUGUUACACCAUCGGAAUCUC